AUGUUUAGUGUUUCUGUUAUUCCUUCAUCUGAUCUUCCGACGGUCGAGGAAGUGAGAGGAUUUAAUGCCGUAGAACUCAAUGGAUUUUUGAAAGGAAGGUUAAACAACAUUGAUAGUCACAUAGAUACCUUAACAGUUCAGGAAGUUGAUGGCGAAGCUAUUCUUGAAUUAACUCCUGAAGACCUUACAAAGCUAGGAAUACUUCUUGGACCAGCUAAAAAAAUCGUGAAGUUGAUUAAUGACAUUCAAGGAGAACAACCCGUUGCUGAAUCCCCUAGUAAACGAAGAAAAUUCGAUAACGAUAACGAAAAACUAAGAAGGUUUUGGAAUGCUUUGAAGGGUGGGAAAGUUGUAAAUCAUGAUGGUGGUCAGUUUCUUGAAUUAUCCAGGGACGUUUACUAUUUUCUAGGCAAAGAUGAACAAGGUUCCAAUAUAUCCACUCUUGAGGAAAGUGUUUUCAGUCUUGCCGUAGAUAAUAUUCAUGCAUUCAAAAAUUACUUGGCAGAUGAAGAAGUUUGGUAUAUCGUGGAUGGUAGGAGACCGAUGGAAUAUGUCGCCAAGACAAUACUAGCCUGUUCACCUCAGAAAUGCCAUUACAGUAACUUUGACAAGCUUGGAACAAAUAUUCGGUACAUGCCGGUAUGGUCUUGGGAAGAGAUCGAUGCAUGCAGGAUUAGGCUUUUCCGUAAUCUUACUCAAGAAUAUGUUCGGAAAUUAUACAAUGAAUGGGGUGGAAUUCCUUGGUUUACCUUGUUUUAUGCUCUCAAUGAUUCUCAGCAAGAUCUUCAAAGGGCAAUUAAUUCGGUUGACGAUAAUCUGUUAAAUUUUGUUGGUGAGGCAACAGAUGAUGAUAGCGCCAGUCAUAAAAUCGUCCAUAUCUGCACGAACAUACCAAAAGGAGAGGAUGAAGGAGAUGGAGAGGAAGGAGAUGAAGGUGUGGAAGUUGUGGAAAUAACAGAAGUAGGAGAAAAUUCUGGAGAGCCUUUUAUGUCAAAAUAUCCCGCAGUAAUUAGACCCGAUAAAAAGAAAAGUGUUAUAGGAAAAGGAAAACCCUUCUAUUCAAUGUCAAUUCUAGAGUUUGCGUCCGAUCAUGUUGCUGAAGAGGUGAUGGAUAAACUAAUAAAGAACUAUAGAAGCCAGAUGGAGAAUUUCAUGAAGUCUAGCUCAUCGAUAAGCAAUUAUAGUACACUCCGGGGCGCUAUAUUCGAGCGGAUCGCUCACAGAAUGUUAUUAAAAGGAGGAUUAUUUAGGACUCGCCCUUUAUUCGCAUCAACUGUCUCUUGCUUCGGGGUGAAUAAUUCAAAACUAUCAAUACCCACUCGGAAAAAACGACUGUUUAGUGACAUCAGUGAGAUUGUUCCUAACAUGUAUUGUAUUCCAACUCAAAAGAAUAACGCAUCUUUUAGUGCGUUCGUUUUUCCCGACACAUUCUUCCAGAUGACUGUUUCUGAGAAUCAUCCUAUCUUAAAGAGUGGGUUGGAAAAAUAUAUUAAGAAUGAUAAUUCGGAUAUCAAUAUUUAUUUUGUCUUACCGAAGGAAAUAUAUAAUUCUUACCAAGAGCAGGUUCUUUACACCACUAAGAGAAAUGUUCUCAAGAAUAGGCCACCUUGGAUUAAUCGUCUUAGGCAAUAUGCUCUGGAAAUUGACCUGAAAUUGUAG